AUAUUCUAAGAAGAGGAGUAGAAGCAGCAGUUUCACGACCGUCAGCCAAAAUCGCAGAAAUAGCUCUCUCGAGUCUCGACCUUUAGCGCAACCAAUCCCCUCUAAAUCCGGUCAAAUUAAAAAAAUAAAAAUAAAAAUAAAAAAAAAACGAAGACGCUUCUCUCUCUCUCUCUCUCUCUCUCUCUCUCUCUCCUUCCUGAAAUCCUCAUAUAAAUCAAUCAAUGCCUGCGAUUUUCUCUCUCUAAUGUAUAAUACCCCGGCAGAUUCGCCGUAUCCUGCUUUUGUUAGGGUUUUCUAGGGUUUCCUUUCCUCCUCCUUCCCGGAAUCUAGGGUUUCGAGGAUCAGCUGGAGGUGGAGCUGGAAACCGAGCUGGAACCGUCGCUUGUCGAUCUGUUGAUUGAUUUCAGGGCUAGAAGAGAUGGUUUUUUACUUUUUAUAAGUAAUUGAGAGGUUUUCGGGGGUUUUCUGAUGGUUCUGAUCCAAUGGACUGGUUUUAGGAGCUGAAACAGCGGGAUCUUGUUGAUCGGUGUCGGUUUCGAUGGUGAAUGGAUGGUUUGGAGAUCUGAGUGGAUUGGUGUGAUGUUGAUGAGGAUUGUUUGUCGAGAAGAGGAGAAGGAUUGCGGAUUUCAAGAUGCUUUUCCCGAAACUCGACGAUUCUCCGAUGUUUCGGAAACAGAUUCAAUCGUUAGAGGAAAACGCGGAAUUGUUAAGGGAGAGAAGUCUAAAGUUUUAUAAAGGAUGUCGAAAAUAUACAGAAGGGCUUGGGGAGGGAUAUGAUGGGGACAUUGCCUUCGCAAGCUCUCUUGAAGCAUUUGGAGGAGGGCACAAUGACCCUAUUAGUGUUGCCUUUGGAGGGCCUGUUAUGAGCAAAUUUACUAUCGCUUUGAGAGAAAUAGGCACUUACAAGGAAGUCCUUCGGUCUCAGGUUGAACACAUGCUAAAUGACAGAUUACUGCAAUUUGUCAACAUGGAUUUGCAUGAUGUCAAGGAAGCCCGCAAGCGUUUUGACAAGGCUAGCCUUCAUUAUGACCAGGCUCGUGAGAAGUAUCUGUCAUUGAGGAAAGGUACAAAAGUGGAUAUAGCCUGUGCUUUAGAGGAGGAGCUCCACAAUGCAAGGUCUUCAUUUGAGCAGGCCCGCUUCAAUCUGGUUACUGCUCUUUCUAAUAUUGAGGCAAAGAAGAGGUUUGAAUUUUUGGAAGCUGUUAGUGGGACAAUGGAUGCUCAUCUCCGUUAUUUCAGACAAGGUUAUGAGCUAUUGCAUCAGAUGGAGCCUUACAUCCAUCAGGUUUUGACAUAUGCACAACAGUCAAGGGAAAGGGCAAACUAUGAGCAGGCUGCCCUUACAGAGAGGAUGCAAGAGUUCAAAAGGCAGAUUGAUCGAGAAAGUCGUUGGACUUCAAAUGGUUCACACAGUUCUCCUAAUGGAGAUGGCAUACAAGCCAUUGGUAGAAGUUCACAUAAAAUGAUAGAGGCAGUUAUGCAAUCUGCUGCAAAGGGAAAAGUUCAAACCAUCCGACAAGGUUAUCUCUCAAAACGUUCCUCAAACUUGAGAGGAGACUGGAAAAGAAGGUUUUUUGUUCUUGAUAGCCGAGGAAUGUUGUACUAUUAUCGCAAGCAGUGGAGCAGGCCAUCUGGAGCUGGAAGUCAUUCCGGUCAUAGGAGUCAUAAUUCCUCUGAAACUGGUUCAGGGCUGCUGAGUCGUUGGCUUUCUUCUCAUUAUCAUGGUGGAGUACACGAUGAGAAGUCUGUAGCGCAUCAUACUGUGAACCUGUUGACAUCAACAAUAAAAGUUGAUGCAGACCAGUCAGAUCUGCGAUUCUGCUUCAGGAUUAUAUCCCCAUCUAAGAACUACACUUUACAGGCAGAGAGUGCAAUGGAUCAGAUGGAUUGGAUUGAAAAGAUUACUGGAGUUAUAGCUUCACUGCUGAGUGCACAAUCACCCGAACAGCGCCUUAUUGCCAGUCCUAUGCGUGGUGGUCAUCUUCGUGCAGCCAGUGAGAGUAGCUCUUUUGGAAGUUCUUCUGACUUUGAUCCCUCAGUAAUUGAUGAAUGUACAUCAGAAAGGAAUGCCAUUACUGGAAAUCAUGAUCGUUCAGUUAGGGGUUCACAACAACAUCGGUGUAGUGUAAAACAUGAGAAGCCGAUUGAAGUGCUGCAAAGAGUUGAAGGAAAUGAUAGAUGUGCUGAUUGUGAUGCUCCAGAGCCAGAUUGGGCAUCCUUGAACCUUGGUGUCCUUGUCUGUAUUGAAUGUUCUGGCGUCCACCGUAAUCUUGGUGUACACAUAUCAAAGGUAAGAUCGCUGACACUUGAUGUGAAAGUAUGGGAGCCUUCUGUUAUUAAUUUAUUUCAGUCUCUGGGUAAUUCAUUUGCCAACUCGAUUUGGGAGGAACUGUUGCACCUGAAUAAUAAUUUGAAGGCCAACGACACCCCUCCAAAUACUAGUUUCUGUAAGUUUGAUAAAAAUCAUCAGCAGUUGUUUAUCAGGAAACCUGAUCCUACAGAUCCUAUUUCAUUAAAGGAGAAGUUCAUUCAUGCGAAGUAUUCGGAAAAGCUUUUCAUUUGCAAGACAGUGGCAGAUCGGCCUUUUCUUUCUGUGGCCCAAAAGAUGUGGGACAGCGUCCGUAUCAAUGACAAGAAGGCAGUGUACCGCCACAUAGUUGACUCCGAUGUCGAUGUCAAUGGCUUGCAUGGGCAUGCACCAUUUAGUACAUCCCUAACCCUAGCAAAAGUAAUGCUUUUGCAUGAAAAGCCAGGCUCAAUGUUGGAUCGCAACUCUAGUGGCUUAUCAGGGGAUUCACCGCAAAAAGUCUCUGCCCCUAGCUCUACAAGCUCAGUACGCACAAGCGAGGACCGAAAUGAGGUGGAUGCAUAUGUAGAUGGCUGCUCCUUGCUUCACCUUGCAUGCCAGACUGCAGAUAUUGGCAUGAUAGAGCUCCUCUUGCAAUACGGCGCCAACAUAAAUGCUCCCGACUCGAAAGGCCAGACACCACUUCACCACUGUAUUAUCAGAAACAGGACUGCAUUUGCCAAGCUGCUGCUUACAAGGGGAGCUGAUCCAAGAGCUGUUGACAAGGAAGGCAAAACCCCUUUACAGCGUGGGAUGGAAAUGGGGACCAUAAAUGACGAGGAGAUUGUCAUUCUGUUAGCAGACACGAACAGAUAGUGCCAUCCAAAUGUCGCGAAGACCAACAAAAAGAGCCAGUUCAGUUGCAGUAAAACGGUAUGGUUUCUGUUUGAUUGUAUUACUCAGAAACUUGGGCUGAUUCCCUGAUAGCAGUUACAAGAGGUAUUUGGUUAGAUAAGCCGGCGGAUUCCCGCCGGCUGCCUGUGAGAUGCUGUGCAUGACUGGCCCACACAUAUGUAAGUCAAUGGCCCCCGUUCUUUGCAUGCUCGAGAGUUUCGGGCUGUUUUCGGGGCUCUGUAAUGUUAGAGGUGUCUGUCUAAUUUAUGAGGUUUUGCUUUCUUU